AUGCCCUCGUCGUCGUCGUCGUCUCGCAUCCCAGGUCCAAGCAGUCACAAGACGAAAGCAGCAGCAGCAGCAGCUGCCGUCGCCGCAACCAGCUUGUCGUCCGUGUCGUCGUCUUUUGGGACGCCUUCUAGAGCACCAUUUGCUCGUGGCCUUGCUCAGGGGUCGGGACUUGCUGUGCCACGGACUCCUGCAGGACUGGGUACGAAAUCUCCAGCUCAACUCCAGCGGCCGUUCAAGAGACUGCAGUUUCGGGCCAGUCAGUCGACGGAUACGGACGAACUUGAGACACAAGAAGCUCCUAGCUACUCAACGAUCCAAAGCCGGACGCAGACGCCUGUAACGACACCACGGUCAAUGCCGAUGAGCAAUGGGCGGGAACGUUUGACUGCUGCUUCGAGUUUUGUGCUGUCGACGGAGGCAACUGCUCCGUCGGAUAAGAACAUCCGCGUGCUGCUUCGGAUUCGACCGUCUCCAGGGAAGGAGGUCCGCAAAUGUAUCGACGUGGCUCCUGAUCAACGCGGAGUGACGCUGGCGCCCGCGUCGCAACAGGAAAAGCGAUUCGGCUUUGACCGCGUGUUCACGGAGAGUUGUGAGCAAGACGAUAUUUUCGAAGACGCGGGUCGAGCGGCUGUGGAGAAUACUAUCAAGGGGUACAAUGGCAGCAUCUUCGCGUACGGACAGACUGGAUCGGGCAAGACGUUCACCAUGUUGGGUGGCGCGACGGCUGAUGUCCAGACGUUGAGACUGUCACCGCUGCGUGGCCUCACGCCACGUAUUGUCGACUAUUUGUUCGAGCGACUUGCAGCGUUAUCUCGAGAACGGAAUGAUGCGUUUGAUCGUGGCGAGGAAAUGGAGAGUGCACUGCAGUACAAACUGUCUUGUUCGUACUUGGAGAUUUACAAUGAAAAGGUGUUCGAUCUUCUUGAACCUAGUGGCUCAAUCGCGGCACAGCAGCCUAAAAGCCUUCGUGAAGACCGCACGAAGGAAGUGUACGUGGACCAGCUGCGUGAGAUUAGCGUGGGAAGUGAAGAAGAAGCGCUAACGCUGCUGCAGCUGGGCUCGCAAAACCGUCAUAUUUCGUCAACCGACAUGAAUCGCGAGAGUUCGCGGUCUCACGCAGUGUUUUCGAUCAAACUCGUGCUGGAGGAGCGUACGUCAGCUGGCGUGAAACGAACGCGCCGUUCGUGUUUGCACUUGGUGGAUUUGGCAGGUAGUGAGAAGCAGCGACAAACUCGAGUCCACGGCAAGCGAUUGAAGGAGGCAGCACAAAUAAACAAGUCUUUGUCGGCACUCGGCAACGUGAUCAUGGCGCUAGUGGAUGUGAGCAAUGGUCAAAAGAGGCACGUGCAUUACCGUGACUCGAAGCUUACGUUUCUUUUGCGCGACGCCUUAGGAGGCAAUGCAAUAACGAGUAUCGUUGCCACUAUAUCACCGGAAGAGAAGUACUUUACUGAAACUCUAAGCACGCUGAAGUUCGCUCAGCGUGCCAAGUUUAUCAAGAAUAAGGCUGUACAGAACGAGGAUGAUGACUCACUCGUGCCCGUGCUUAAGCAGCAAAUCGAAAAGCUGGUUCAAGAAAUCGCAUUCUUGCGCAGCAGUGCUGGUAAUCCUGAAUCAAAUCUUGAAGCCAAUUUCUCUGAAACGGAUUCUAGUAAAGACGAGCUUGUGAUGCAAGCGAAAGCACUCGUCGAGCUUGAAGCACAAGCUCGGGCUCAGGAGAAGAAGAAACAAAAUCGAUGGGAGCCAGCUUUGGACAUGAUGCAAAAGCUGUUGCGUGCAAGCGGGGCAAUGGCGCCUACAGGCAAUGCUGAUGGAGAGGUAGGUGAGCCGCAACAGCAAGAUCGAGAUGUUGUGGAAGCUCGUUGUGACCGGCUUGAGAUGCUACUUUAUCGUAUGAUUUGCCGGUUUGAAGAAUACAAGGAGGUCGCGUUUGAUCCUGAUCGGUACAAGUUUAGUCGCCAUUCAUCGCGAUCGAAGCCAAGCAAGCUUCCAGGUGUACGAAUGUCGAUGCUCCCUGCGCCUAAGCGAUAUGGAAGUGCUGUUGUUCGCCAGUAUAAUCGAGAUAACCAGGAGCAGUUGGCGGAUCAUGAUGACAGUGUUGCUUCGCUUGUAGCGGCUGAAAAGCGGGAACGCAACUUGCAGAAGAAAGUGCAAGAUCAGCAAGAUCGUAUCGAGGAACUACUGCGUCGAUCUCGAGAGGCCGAAGCCGAGAAUGACCUUAUCCGUCAUGAACUUUGUGAGCUACUUGAGUGGAAAGCCUUUGUUGAAGAAGAACGGCGCCACACUAGCGAUGUUGGGCCAGUGGAGCCUCACCGGUACGGCCAAACAGAUAAGCCGGCGCCACCAAUUUUUGGAGCAUCGACACUACCGAGCGAGGAAAAGCAGAGUACGCAGGAAAUGCUGAAUGCGUACCGGUCACUUUUCGACGAAGUCACGGAAUUGAUGUACACGAAGAAGCCGGUACUUUGCAGUCCUGGCAGUCCGAAGUCUGGUUCGUCCGUUAUUACGGACUCAAAUUCUACCUGUUACGCUUCAGGUGAUGAGGAUGACACUGGCGAUGACUGCAUGUCGAUGGACGGAUUUGAUACGAGCGAAGAUGGUGAUAGAGGUGUCAGUGACAUCUAUCGUGAGAUUCGCCGCGUAAAUGCUCUCAGCUCGCGCCUCGGCCGGAAACUUGACCUUUACCAGGACACGAUUCAGCGCCUGGAAAAGGAUUUGCAAACGACACAAGAUGACCUAGAGACCUCGAGCGCCGCGACAAAAUUUGCCGAGUUCCAACUUGAACAGCUACGUACAUUGGCAGCCGAUGAAGAAGCUAAGCAGAAUCAGGUGGAGUAUGAACAACAGAAAAAGCUUGUAGACCACAACGCAGCUGAAGACACGCUUGCUAAUCACGAGCGUGAAGACGGAGCGGAACGGCAAGCGGUAUAA